CCCAGAGACAAAACGAACAAGGAGCGCGAGGGACAGGAGGAUUGCCCGGCUGCAUGGCUCAAACCAGCCUGCCCAUGCAGCUCCUGCUGCUGAUCGCCUGGGUGCUGCUGCCAGGCUGCUGGGCAGUCGUGAACGGGCCCGGCUCCAUACUGGGAUUCCAGGGGACAACCAUCUCGGUGAACUUCAUGUACAAGGCUGGCCAGGAGAAGAAGCCAAAAUUCUGGUGCUCUCCGGCAACAAUUUUCACCUGUUCUGAUGACAUCGUCAUCACCUCUAAGCUGCAGCCUGUGGUGCGGCAGGGCCGAGUCUCCAUCCAGGACAAUCGCGCACGGCGGGUGUUCACGGUGACCAUAGAGAACCUGACCAAGAGGGACGCGGGCAUCUACCUCUGUGGGGUGCGAACGAACAAAAUCUGGUUUGAUGAGCAUGUCCCUGUGGAGGUGAUCGUGGCCUCAGCUUCGAUGCACAUCCCAGCCCCCACCCUCCCUCCGACCACCCCCCAGCCGCCCACCACGGGCACGGAUGCUCCACAGGAGAGCCCCCGCUCCUUCCGUUACUUCCCGGUGCUGGCCGGGCUGCAGCUGCUGGUGCUGCUCCCCAUGAGCGGAGUCGUGCUCUGGGUCAGCCUGCGGGGCUGAGCCCCCGGCGGGGUCCCCGGGGCCGCCGCCGCUCCGCCCCGGGACAGCGCGGGAGGGUUGGGGGGCAGCACCACGGCCCCGCCGGGCUCUUCCCGCGGCUGCAAUAAAGCUUCUCCGCCUCUGC